UGGCGCGCUGGACAGCGCGGCGCGGAGGAAGUGUGGUCCCACCGGCUCUCCGUCGGACGUGCGGCGGCCAUCUUGUGCAGGAGGUGGUCGGCGCGCGGCAGCAGCGGCGGAGACGGCAGCGCUUCCUCCAGCCCUUCGUGCGCCUACAGCAGCCGCUGGCGGGGGCGCCAUGUCCGCCGAGAGCCCCGAGCCCGCGUCCGCCGAGGAGCAGAAGGAAAUGGAAGAUAAGGUGAUCAGUCCAGAAAAGGCUGAAGAAGCAAAGUUGAAAGCAAGAUAUCCUCAUCUGGGUCAAAAGCCUGGGGGCUCAGAUUUUUUGAGGAAGAGGCUUCAAAAAGGGCAAAAAUACUUUGAUUCUGGUGACUACAACAUGGCAAAAGCAAAGAUGAAGAACAAACAAUUGCCUACUGCAGCUCCUGACAAGACGGAAGUCACUGGUGACCACAUUCCCACUCCACAAGAUCUUCCGCAGCGGAAACCAUCUCUUGUUGCUAGCAAGCUGGCUGGCUGACUAAAACAGCUGAACUGCA